UCCAUUCCAGUCGCUGCAUAACUCUGCUUCAGGUUUUGGCACAAACGGGCUCCUGGAGUCUCUUGUGGAUGAGAGCAGGGAACAGCGCUGGAGAUGCUGUAGCUCACACAACCGCUAGAAGACAAACACCGUGGUCCUCCCGCCUCCCCAAAAGCUCCGGAGCGCAGCCUAAGGAACAGGAACUAUUUUUAAUAAACCCGAUGAAUGGGACCUUGCCCUGCGCUGGAUCCCGAGCUUGACUCUGUGCUGUGGAAGUGGGGCUCAUUUGCGGACAGAGGGACAGUAUUUUCUUUCGGUGAGACCCGAGGUGGAAAAGACGCAGCAAUGACAGAGCAGCAGUCGUGCGCAGCGGCGAGAUAGACCAACUAUUGUGGGGACGGAAGAUUGAUAACACGACUGGGCGAGCAGCGGCAGAUGAAAUUUCCAAACGUUGCAGCUGGUUUGGUGCCGGUGGUGUGCUGGACGGGCUGUUACUGCGUUCUCCUUUUCCUCAUUCACUGCGUCCGGCGUUUCCAGAUCACUUGAGGGGGGGAUAUCGGACGGCUGUCCGCGAGGGAGUAUUGCUGCAGAGACUAACGGGGAAUGCCAUGUGUCUUUGCGCGACAUAGAAGCUCUUUGUGGGCUGUUUUGUACCGGGGACAGGUGGUGCCGCGUUUGUGUGUGUGUGUGUGUGUGUGCGUGUGUGUGUUGAAACUAGCAGGGGGGCACGGACACACAACCCCUGAGACAGUUGUCCUAGGGAUGUCAGGCCGGCGUACGGGAUCAGUUUUUUCCAGAGACAGGUGCGACAGGGAGGAGUAGUUUACAAAGCCCUACACGGGAUCUGGUAGCGCACCAACGAGCCUCCUCUCCCCUCUGAUCACUCUCGGAUUUUUUUGGAGGAUCCAGCGGGACUCACAACCGACUCGUACUGCUGUUUGCUCGGUGGCACCGUCCCCCCCCCCCCCCCCCUCCCCGAUUAUCAGAGACUCCGCCGUGGUGUUGCUAUGGCGACCGUGGCCCCUCCCUUAUUCCUGCUGUGUUGGCUGCUCCGAACAGCGAGCUCGGCGUUCCCAGAGGAACCGGGGCCCCUCAACUUCAUCCCCACUGAAGUGGUGAGAAGACACCCGGUGUUCCUGGGCCGACCCCAUCGGACAUGGCUGAGACAAGAGCCUCUACACAUCCAGAGGAUCCUGCAAGUCAAUCGGACGCUCUACAUCGGAGCCAGGGAUGACCUUUUCCGCGUGGAGUUGGACAUCGUCGCAGGAGACGAGAUGUUCUACAGCAAGAAAAGGACGUGGGAGUCAAACAAGAAUGACAUCAGGAUCUGCAGGAUGAAGGGCAAACAUGAGGAUGAAUGCCGUAAUUUCAUGAAGGUGCUGCUCAGCAGACAAGGAGGCCUGUUUGUGUGUGGGACCAACGCCUUCAACCCGCUAUGUGCCAACUAUACUGGAGACACUCUGGAGAUGGUCGGAGACACGGUCAGUGGUAUGGCGAGAUGCCCCUAUGACCCCAAACACGCAAAUGUAGCUCGGUUUGCAGAGGGAAAUCUGUUUACAGCCACAGUGACAGACUUCCUGGCCAUCGAUGCGGUGAUCUACCGUAGCCUUGGGGACAGUCUCGCACUGCGCACCGUCAAGCACGACUCCAAGUGGUUCAGAGAGCCGUAUUUCGUCAGCGCUGUGGAGUGGGGACCUCACAUCUACUUCUUCUUCAGAGAGAUAGCCAUGGAGUUCAAUUACCUGGAGAAGGCGGUGGUGUCACGUGUGGCGCGGGUGUGCAAACGCGAUCUAGGUGGGUCUCAGCGCGUCCUGGAGAAGCAGUGGACGUCGUUCCUGAAGGCCCGUCUGAACUGCUCCGUUCCCGGUGAUUCCCACUUCUACUUUAACCUGCUCCACUCCACCAGCCCCAUCAUCAGGAUGCACGGCAGGGACAUUAUCCUGGGGGUGUUCUCCACACCGGCAAACAGUAUCCCCGGUUCGGCGGUGUGUGCCUUCGACAUGGAGCAGCUGGCUGGGGUGUUCGAAGGGAGGUUUAAGGAGCAGAAAUCACCCGAGUCCAUUUGGACACCUGUUCAAGAUGAAGUCAUCCCGAAGCCAAGACCCGGUGGCUGUGCUGUUCAAGGUACCAAGUUUAAUUCCUCGAACUCGUUCCCCGAUGAGAUGCUCAACUUCGUCAAGACCCAUCCUCUGAUGGAUGAGACUGUCCCGUCACUCGGGCAAAGACCCUGGAUUGUCAGAACCAUGGUCAGGUACCAGCUGAAUAAGAUUGUGGUGGAUUCAGAAGCCGGGCCUUAUAGAAACCAGACCGUCCUGUUCCUCGGGUCGAGCAGAGGGACCAUCCUCAAGUUCCUCAUCAUGCCCAACCAGGACAACACCGUCACCAACAGCAACAUCUUCCUGGAGGAACUGGAGGGAUUCAACCCUGAUAAGUGUGCUGAAGACUCUCUGCAGGCCAGGCAGCUGUUGUCUCUGACUCUGGAUCGGGUUAGCCAUACUCUGCUUCUCGCCUUCCCCUCCUGUGUGGUCAGAGUACCAGUGGCACGAUGCCAGCUCUACUCCCGGUGCAUGAAGAACUGUAUCGCCUCCAGGGAUCCUUACUGUGGCUGGACCAGAGGAAGCACUUGUUCUUUCCUCAGACCUGGGACCAGACUGCCGUUCGAGCAAGAUGUUGAACAGGGAAACGUGGCCCACUUGGGUGACUGUGACGGAUUGCUGCUCCAAGAGAGUUUCAUUGAGGAGCCUGAUGGCUUGGUGUCUGUAAACCUGCUGGUGGUGUCUGCUGUUUCAGCCUUCGCAACAGGAGCCAUCCUCUCCGGCCUCACCGUCUGCUGGAUCAUGAGUCACCGCCACCGCCACUCACGAGGCUCCGGAGCCGGCGGCACCCGCCGCAAAAGUGACAAAGAGCAGAGCAUGCUGGGGCAGGGCCGCAGCGGCUCAGUAAUGAGCGUAACAAGAACCAGCGGCGGCGAGAGGCGUCGCUCACAGGUGGACAACCCCUUCGUCAUGCCCAACGGCUGGUCUAAAGGAGAGAUGGACCCGGGCCUGCUGCCCACCCCGGAGCAGACCCCGCUGCAGCAGAAACGGUCCAUGCGUCUCCCAGACACCGACUGGGACCAGAGCCAGACCUUCCUCACUGCUGUGGGGACUCCCUGCCCCAACAACUCUGUCAUCUACCUGAGCUCCAAGUUCCUGCAUGGAGGUGGAGGGGGUGGAGGGAUGGUCCGGAUAGAGGACCCGGGGGAGGUCGUGCUGCCCCCGCACACAGAGCGCCAGCGCUACCUGAUCCUAGCCACCCAGAGAGGGGAGCACGGUGGCGGUCGGCCCAGCGGCACCCUGAGGAACUCAGCGGGUGAUUACAUCUACCCCGCCACGCCGCAGGACUCCCCCGACCGACGGAGGGUGGUGUCCGCUCCCACGCCCCACAUGGACUAUGGGGAGCCUCGCUGGAGUCACGAGGCGCUCAACUACAACAGCAACAAUGGAGUGUCCUAUCACUCCCAGCGCCCGGGCCUCAUCAGGCCAGAUAUGCACGGGCCUCGAGGGCUGGGAGAACUGGCUGACUUCAGCCAUCUUCUAGGGAAGAACAUGGGAGAGCGCACCCCCAGUGGCCAGUGAGGCAAAGUACGUGAGCCCUGGCACCAAGCUCUCUCUGAACACCCAUUCCCUCCAACAGCAGACUGGAAUAAAUCAACCCCUCAGACUCACUGUCCCGGUCAAACCUUACCCUGUCUGUCCUCUCUCACUGUCAUUCAAUGUUCUGACGUCAUUCAGCUGACUGAAGAGAGAGACAAAGAGACAGUUGAAAAAGAGGAGCAAACUCUCCUCACGUCUCCGCUCCUCUGCUCUUAAUUAUGAGGUGCACCCCUCUGCUCUGUAAGUGGUACAACCCGCAGAGCUUGACUUUGGCACCACAGGACAAACAGUAAGGUAAAGAGAGGGGUGCAAAGGAAAGGGAAUCUUCUCAAAGGAGAGUGUGGAGAUUUGGACAAAAAAAAUGACAAUUUCCCCUUGCAGCGCCAAAUGUGAAAGGUCUCCCUCCACCAUUUUGUUCACCGUUUUGACACCAUGGUUCUUCUUUGAGUGUGAAUUUUUGUUUCGGCUUUUGUUUUUUUUGUGCCAGUGGCAUCCAGCAGACAACGAUGUGCUUUACUUUGGAUUUCAGAUGAGACUAAAACUGUUGUAGCCGUGCCAGAGGGCAGUGAC